AUGGAGGGUCAAGAUAAUGGAGAUGAGCUCUAUCCCAUCGCCGUGUUGAUUGACGAACUGAAGCACGAUGAUGUCCUUCUCCGCCUCAACGCCAUUCACAGACUUUCUACCAUUGCGUUGGCCCUCGGCCCUGAACGAACAAGAGACGAACUGAUACCCUUUUUGGACGACUCCGUGGAAGAUGAAGAUGAAGUCCUUACUGCCCUCGCUGAAGAGCUAGGAAACUUCAUCGAGUACGUUGGAGGCCCUGAAUAUGGUCACGUGCUCCUUGCGCCGCUGGAGAAUCUGGCCGCCAUCGAGGAGCCGUUGGUGCGGGACAAGGCCGUUGAAUCUCUAAACAAAAUCUGCGGUGAGCUGUCAGAACGGCAGGUCGAAGAGUACUUCAUCCCCCUCACCGUCCGCUUGUCGAAGGCCGACUGGUUCACCUCCAAGAUUUCCGCAACCGGCUUGUACACGACUCCUUACAAAAAAGCUUCCCAAUCCUCCCAGCAAGUUCUUCGAACUCAGUUUGGACACCUUGUUCACGAUGAGACACCGAUGGUGCGACGACAAGCCGCGAAUAAUCUGGCCAAGUUCGUGAAAGAGGUCCCAGUUUCGGUUGUGAUCGAUGAGAUGAUCCCUCUGUUUCAACACCUGGCGAGCGAUGAUCAAGAUAGUGUUCGACUACUCACAGUCGAAGUCCUCAUCUCUAUCGCAGAAGUCAUUCCCAAGGAGCAGCAACCGAGCCACGGCGUGCUCCUGACCGCGCUGAGGAGCUUAUUCGAGGACAAGAGCUGGAGGGUACGAUAUAUGGUGGCAGAGAAGUUCGAGAAGAUUGCAAAGGCUGUCAAUGAAGAGGUUGUCACCCGAGACCUCGUCCCAGCUUUCGUCAAGCUCCUCAAGGAUAGCGAGGCCGAAGUCAGAACAGCGGUUGCCAGCCAGAUCCCCGGCUUCUGUGGUCUCCUUGACCGAGAAACUCUGCUGAACGAAAUCAUGACUUCCAUCGAAGACCUUGUGUCUGACCCCAACCAGCAUGUUCGAGCCGCCCUUGGCACCCAACUCAGCGGACUGGCUCCAAUUCUCGGCAAAGAAGAAACGAUCUCUCAUCUCCUCCCCAUGUUUCUCCAAAUGCUCAAGGACGAGUUCCCGGACGUGAGACUGCAUAUCAUCUCCAAACUCGAACUCGUCAACAAUGUUAUCGGAAUCGACUUGCUGUCUCAGUCCCUUCUGCCAGCCAUUGUUCAGCUUGCAGAAGACAAGCAAUGGCGUGUGCGCCUGGCGAUCAUCGAAUACAUCCCCUUGCUGGCGAAGCAACUGGGCAUGAAAUUUUUCGACGACCAAUUAAGUGCGCUGUGCAUGGGCUGGUUGGGUGACACCGUAUUUUCAAUUCGCGACGCUGCAACGCAGAACCUGAAGAAGCUCACGGAAGUCUUUGGUGUGGAAUGGGCGAAUCGAUCCAUCAUUCCGAAAGUCACAGCCAUGAGCCAACAGCAGAAUUAUCUGUAUAGGAUGACGACAUGCUUUGCCAUUACGAUCCUCGCACCAGUGAUAACCCUCGACAUCAUAGCCGAAAGCGUCCUUCCCAUGAUGAGCCGUCUCGUCUCGGACCCAAUUCCCAAUAUCCGUUUCAAUGUUGCAAAGUCCUAUGCCGUCCUCAUCGACACGCUCCGUCGCAUUCCCGCCGAAGGGACGCUACAACAAGGCGAACAGCAAUCAAAUUCCGAAACACAACCGACUCCGAAAGCACAGGAGUUAAUUGGGCAGAUCAUGUCAAAUUUGGAGAAACUACAACAAGACGAAGAUGUGGAUGUGAGGUAUUUCGCCACUGUUGCCGCGGGGGGAACGAACAAUGUUUAUGCCCAGCAGUCAGGGGAGAGGAUGGAUACCGGACAGUAG